AUGUCCAGGCAAGAGGCAGGAGCUAACGCUUCGCGUUGGGUCGGUGCUUCAAGGCGAAGCUCUACAGCGUACCGUACCCAGGAAAGGAGGCCGACGGAGGAGUCGAACAGAAGAGGUCGGGGAGGAAGUAGGGGCGACAGAGGUAGCGGCGGGAGAGACUCCUCCGGUCCCCCGGAACCUGGGGCCGCUGGUCGCCGGGAACCGCCGCUCUGCUUUGGAUUGAAGGACGACCUGGUGGGCGUGGUGAUCGGUCGUGGUGGGUCAAAAAUAAGAGAAAUCCAGAAUACAACAAACACCAGAAUACAGAUAAUAAAAGGAAAUCCUGAAGCAGAAGUCAAAAUUUUUGGCAGUAAGGCCAUGCAGACAAAAGCAAAAGCAGUGAUAGAUAAUUUUGUUAAAAAACAUGAAAAUUACAAUUCAGGACGCAGAUUUGAUGGUGCAUUCAAGCCUUCUGUUAGAAGAGAUGUAAGCACAAAUGACAAUGGAACAGAAGAUCAGCCAUUGAUAGACUGGGAUCAGAUCCGAGAGGAUGCAUUGAAAUGGGAAAAAAAAAAGUGGGCAGAUUUACCUCCAAUUAAGAAAAACUUUUACAUAGAGUCAGCAACAACAAGCUCAAUGUCACAAGCACAGAUAGACAGCUGGAGGAAGGAAAAUUUCAACAUAACAUGUGAUGACUUGAAAGAUGGUGAGAAACGUUCUAUUCCCAGUCCUACCUGUAAAUUUGAAGAUGCUUUCCAGAGUUACCCAGAAGUUAUGGAAAAUAUUAAAAAGGCAGGUUUUCAAAAUCCAACACCAAUUCAGUCACAGUCAUGGCCAAUAGUUCUGCAAGGAAUAGAUCUUAUUGGAGUAGCACAAACUGGAACAGGGAAGACAUUGUCCUAUCUGAUGCCUGGGUUCAUUCAUCUAGACUCUCAACCAGUAGCUCGAGAAAAAAGAAAUGGACCAGGCAUGUUAGUCCUCACACCCACCCGGGAAUUAGCGCUUCAGGUAGAAGCCGAAUGUUCUAAGUAUUCAUAUAAAGGUCUUAAAAGUGUUUGCAUAUAUGGUGGUGGAGAUAGAGAUGGACAAAUACAAGAUGUUUCAAAAGGUGUGGACAUCAUUAUUGCAACUCCUGGAAGACUGAAUGAUCUACAAAUGAAUAACUACGUCAAUCUGAAAAGUGUAACUUACUUGGUUUUAGAUGAAGCAGACAAGAUGCUGGACAUGGGAUUCGAACCUCAGAUAAUGAAGAUUUUGUUAGAUGUGCGCCCAGACAGACAGACAAUUAUGACAAGUGCUACUUGGCCAUCUGCUGUUCGUCGUCUUGCACAGUCUUAUUUGAAAGAACCAAUGAUUGUCUAUGUUGGUACUUUGGAUCUGGUUGCUGUAAGUUCAGUGAAACAAAAUAUAAUCAUCACUACAGAGGAAGAGAAACGAACUCACAUCCAAACGUUCCUAGAAAGCAUGUCACCUAAAGACAAAGUCAUUGUCUUUGUCAGCAGAAAAGCUGUGGCUGAUCACUUAUCAAGUGACCUGAUUCUCCAACAAAUAUCAGUAGAGUCUCUGCAUGGUAACAGAGAACAGAGUGACCGAGAGAAGGCGUUAGAGAACUUUAAAACAGGUAAAGUGAGAAUACUAAUUGCUACUGACUUGGCAUCUCGAGGUCUUGAUGUCCAAGAUAUCACACACGUUUAUAAUUAUGAUUUUCCACGGAACAUUGAAGAAUAUGUUCAUAGAGUUGGGCGCACUGGAAGAGCAGGGAGGACUGGCAUGUCAAUUACCCUUAUCACCAGAAAUGAUUGGAGGGUUGCCACUGAAUUGAUUAAUAUUCUGAAAAGAGCAAAUCAGAGUAUUCCUGAAGAGCUUGUCUUAAUGGCUGAGAGAUACAAAGCAAAUAAACUGAAGAGAGAAACAGAAAAAAAAAUGGGAAGACCUCAAGGAAAGUUUCAUUGA